CCGAAUAGCCCUCGGCUAGCCGUUACGCGCUCCGCUCCGCAUCUCUUCUCAUUCCCAUCUCUAUUGAAUUUUAUACUUUUUUCUUUUAACAAUGCAGAAGCAGGAGACGCAGACUCCGACGGCCAACGUCAUCCAGGAGGCGCCCAAGCAGUUCGUCAAGGAGGCAUCGUGGCUGCUCCGCCGCUGCAGCAAGCCCGACCAGAAGGAGUACGCAAAGAUCGUGCGCGCCGUGCUCAUGGGCUUCCUUGUCAUGGGCUUCAUCGGCUACUUUGCCAAGCUCAUCCACAUUCCCAUCAACAACAUCAUUGUCGGUGGUGCUUAAUACCAGUGCUUCUUGCGGAUUAUUCUAGAACAUCACCAAAAAACCAAUAUAAUAUGCGUAGCACACAUGUACAAGCCUCCUCGCACUGUGUUAUACAUGUCUGCAUGACAGC